AUGGCUGCUACACCGACCACGCCAGGGCGACAGAAGCGCGAGGCAUCGACCGAGUCGGAACAGGCGUCUCUAGGGACCGUCUCGAAGCGGUUAAAGAGGAUGUCGGUCGGCGGCGCGAUGAGCGAGGCGAGUGAUGUGAUGCUGGUAUCAAGCGACGGCCAACGCUUCCCCAUCUCGUCUCGUCUGAUUCCCUCGACCGUCCUGCUUUCUUCCUCGACAUCGACCGCCCUCGUUCUCAUGUCCGAUAGCGACUCAGGCGCCCUAACCGAGGUACUCCUGCCGUUCACCGCCGCGACGCUCGAAUACGUCCUCCAGUUCCUCGAGAACCGGCCAGUCGUCGUGCGCGAACUCGAGUUUCCGCGGGACUGGGAGACGAUGCGAGCGCUCAGUGAGCUAUCGAUCUGGCGCGGGAUCGACAGUUUUCAGACGAGCCUCUCGAAACAACCGCUCGACCCGACCCUCCUCGCCCCCGCAUUCUGUUUCGCCCUUCAUUUUUCCUACCCCUCGUCACUCCGCCAAGUCGCCAUCGCUACUGCCAAACACUGCCACGCCGAUCCUGAAGCGGUGAAGGAGCUCACGAAGGGGCUGAUGGAGGGUGCGAGGGAGUUGAAAUUCGAGAGGGAGAAGAUGGGCAGGCUGUUCGAGCUGACCGCUUGGCUCCUCGAGCGCGCGACGCACCUCCAUGCCACGCGCAACGCUGCCCUCUCGACCCUGAUCGCCUUCGACGAUUCCUACGAUUGCGAGCAUUCCUGCCGCGGUGUCGUGUGGACCUCGUUCGCUCAGGCUUUCACAACAACCAACAAGCGCAAGUUGCGGAAGAUGAGCGAGGAGGAAAGGGCAUUCGAUUGUAAGGACUGCGAUGUGCGGUGGGAUGCAGUGAUGGAGAAGCUAGUCGAGGGACUGGAGUCGCUCCCUGCGUGUCCCUUUCCGAAUGCAUAG